CUCUUUUCCUCUCACAUCACAAUCUUCAUUUCACGCCGUUUUUUCCUUCCUCUCCAUUCCACUCCACUCUCAAUUUUCACUCUUCCAAAUUCAUUCAUUGCAAAUUUCAUCCUCCAAACCCUAGAUCCUAAAUUUCCCCCAAUUAAACCCUAAUUCUCAUCAUCACCUUCAUCAAUGGAGAAUCAUUACUCUUCGCAUCCCAAUUCGCGUGAUUCCUCACCUACCUCUCGCGAAUUGCUCGAAAUCGAUCACCGUUCAUCGUUCGAUGAACCACCUCCUUCCAACACCAAGAGAGUCAAACUCAUCUGUAGCUUCGGUGGAAAAAUUCAACCCAGGCCUCACGACGGUCACUUCUCGUACAUCGGAGGUGACACCAAAAUCCUCGCCGUCGAUCGUAACGUCAAGUUAUCACACCUCAUUGGUAAGCUCACUGCAAUGGCGGAUUCUGAUGUCUGUUUCAAAUAUCAACUCCCUGGUGAAGAUCUCGAUGCUUUGAUCUCGGUAUGCAAUGAAGACGAUCUCGAUUAUAUGAUGAUCGAGUACGAUCGUAUGUGUCGCGCUUCACCUAAGCCUGCAAGGUUGAGGCUCUUCCUCUUUCCUUCCCCUGUCAAGAACCACAGCAGCAAUGCAUCUUUCGAUUCUACCAAUUCCGCUAUGAAUCUCGCCGCUGCGGAGGAUUCCAAAUCGGAAGGUAAGUGGUUCGUCGACGCUCUCAAUUCCGUUUCCGUUCCGGCGAUGGAAGAUUCUUUUCCACCUCCUCCGCCGCCAGAGAUGAAUCCUGAUUAUCUAUUUGGAUUGGAUAAACCGUAUUCCCCGUCUCCCGAGGCCAAACAGACGGAAGUCCCGGAGACUGUUCCGGAUUUUGCUUCGAAGGAUACAGAAUGUGAGUCCGAGACGGUUAGAGAAACCGAGAUUCAGGAAAUGAAGAGAAUGCAGACUGUGAAUGAUCAUCAGCAAAUGAAUUUUAACGGAGAAAACGGCAGAGUUAACGGCUGUGUUGUUUACUCUCAGGAAAACACGGAAACCGAGAUGCCGUUAGUUACUACUCCACCAUUUCAAGCUGUGAAUGAUGAACAGAAAAUAAAUUCUGACGGAGAAAACAGCAGAGUUAACGGCGGUGUUGACAGUUACUCUCAGGAAAACACGGAAACUGAGAUGCCGUUAGUUACUACUCCACCAGCUGAAGCUGUGAAUGAUGAACAGCAAAUGAAUCUUGACGGAGAAAACGGCGGAGUUAACGGUUAUGCUGACUGUUACACUCAGGAAAACACGGAAACCGAGAUGCCGUUAGUUACAGCUGUACCUGUUCAAGCUCCAGCUCCGGUUCAUUCAGGUUCGGUUCAAUUUCAAGCUCCUGGACCGGCUUCGGUUCAGUCAUCAUUUUCUCCUAUGAUACCGAAUGUGGUUAGUGCUUACUCGACGGGAUAUCUUAAUGAACCAAUACCGGUUUAUCUGAUUCAAACACGUUCAGGAUUGUACCAAGCAGUGAGGCCAGUCAUUGGACCAACCGGUCAACCGGUUUAUUUUGCAUAUACACAGAUUGGGAACGAGUUUGGUUACAAUGGAUCAGGGGUGCCUGGCAUGGUUUCCGAGCGUGGCUAUUCUAAUGGUUCGUACGGGCAAGCUUUUCAAUCUCAGGCGGCGGUUGCCGGUGUUGACAGCUGGAAUUGACGGCGGGAGGAUGCUGUUUCUGGGUGAAAUAUACUACUGCAUAUAGAGUCAUUCAUUGUUAUUAAAUAAAAGAAAUCAUUAGUGUGUUUUUUUUUCGGUGGAUUUUUUUUUUGUUUUGCUUUUUUUUAUUAUUUGGAAUAUUGGUUUUAAGAACAUUGAUUCUUGUUCAUAGGUGCAUAUUCGAAAGGAUUCUGAAUUUGUUUUUGAGUGUAGUUAAUUAGUUUCUUGAUUCUCAUUCAUUAGUAUAUUUUCAUUAAACAAAAAAAAAGUUUAUUGCUUUAUUUUA